AUGGAAGUUGAAAUAAGCGAACAGCCAUUGUUGAACAUUUCAAAGAAACAUCUCAGUACUAACUAUGAUCAAUAUAAUAGAAAUUUAAAUGAUGAUAUUGGUCUAUCUCUAAUUUCUGACAAUUUUACAUCGAAAUCGAAGUUGAAAUUGAAAGAUGGUCAUUAUACGGAAUCACAACCGGAAUAUCUUCAACCUUCCAGUAACAAUAUAUUCAAUGAUACUGAACUUUUGCGACAUCAUUGCGAUUCGCUAUCUGUUCGAUCAGAAAUUCCAACACAAUUGAAAGUACAAGAAAGUACUGUUCGUACAGAAUUAAACGAAAAUAAAAUUUCAGUUAAUGAAGGCAAAAAUAUUUCUGAAAAGACUGCAUCAAAACUCUCAGAAGUUUUGUCGACAAUGAAUUAUCAACGAUUGGAAAUGACAGCUAAAGAAAGACCACGCGAUAAUAAUCGAGAAUUGAUGAUAGAGGAAGGAAAGAACUUCGAGAAUAUCUUCGGGAAAUUAAAAGCAGACAAUAAUGGAGGAGUAAACAAUGCUGGGAUAACUUCAAUUAAACCAAUUUUACAUACAUCAUCUCGAAGAAGUAGCAUAAGAAAAAAAGUUCAAUUUCCGGUUGAAUGGCCACAAGUAAUUGCAUUGGAGCAUCGUCUCCUAAUUGAUGAUUUUCAUUUGGUAUAA